AUGAACAGUGCUCAGCUACAGGAAUGGCUGAAUGGACUUGACAAAGUGAUAAAACCAUCAACCAACAGGAAUAAGGAUGUUGGACCAUCUGAAUCGAGAAAAGCCUUGAAGAGCGUGUUGGAAACGACCAAGAUACUCGUAAAUUAUUUGGUGUGUAACUAUGAACAGACGGAAGCCGUCCAGCCACUAGUUGGUCAGCUAUUAGCUAUUUAUUAUAGGUUAGGUAAGCGUUCUGACUUUAAUAUCAUGUUUUGUUUUUAGGUGUUUGUCGAAACUUUGUUAUCCAAAUACUGCCAUCACUUAUUUAUAUCUACUUAUCUGCUAUUCAAUUGGGUCAAGACUCGCUGGUUUCCAUAUUUGAAAUGCUGUUUGUUGCCAUUUACAAUGAAGAGAUAUUAGCAGAAGGUCCAGGAGCCGAGAACUACAACAAGAAGGUCGACCAAGUCAGGAUUCCUUCAGUUAAAGCUCCAAGCGUGUACCACGACCCUUCUAAACUGGAUGCUGUGCCUGAUAUUGCCGAGUUGAGGACAGGAAAUAAUUCUGGAAUAUUGUGUUCGAUUCAAAUUGGUCCUUAUCCUGCAGUCGAGAGUUUGGUUGGGGAAAAUCGGUACAUUGUUUUGUCAAGGAUUAUUAAAAUGGUAAGUUAUGUGUUAAUAAAGUUAUUACGAUGCUGUUAAUUUAUUGAAAAGAGCUUCUUAAUGUAUGAAUUAGGUAAUAUAAUAUAUUUUUUAGAUAAGUAGUAGUUUGCAAUACUUGGCAUUAGAUGUGGUAUGCAAUGCUUUCUGCGAUAUGAUGACGGACAUUUCAAGGAGUAGUUUUACUUUUACUGAAAGUGUGUUAAGGACGGAAGUAUUGGGAAGUUUGGUCAAUGAGAGCGCUUACCCGAGCUUGAUAAAGUAAGCAUUAAAUGUAUAUUCUGAUCACGUGUUUCUAACAGUAUCUAAUAGGACAUUUAGAUAUAUUUUUGUAUAAUACUUUGUGUAUGAUAUUAUUUUUGCAAUUUCUAGAAGACAAUUUUUAACUGCCAUGUGAAUAUUAUAUUUUAGGCGGCGUCGUAUCUUCGCACCUUCUUACUUUUAUAUCGAGGGACUGGCUGUUGUAAAUUUUUGUAUUUUUAAUGGAUUUGCCAACUCUGGCUUAAGGGCGUUGGACUCGAUACAUCAACGAGCGAUACAUGACAUGACUGCUGAUGUUUUAUUGGUAUGUCUGUUUUAUUUCUUUGUUUUCGAAGUUUUUAUUUUUAGGCAACACGUUUAGUUCAAAGCCUUUUUAAGCUGCACUUUUUAAUAAAACGUAGUUUUAGGUAUUUUAUUAUUUAUAAUAAUAAGCAAAAUAACAAUGAAAUGAAAGUGAUAAUAAAACGAUUCGAUUUUUAGGUAACAAAUUCGAUCAAGGACAUUUUGAUGCAGGAAGAGUCGUUAAAUUUGAUCCGGGAAGUGGAAACGAAACAACAUCGAGCUCCUGCUCCACAAAUUAAUGGUGAUUAA